CGGCCGGCCUCGGGGGCGGCGCUUGGCCGCCCGGGCAGAGCAGGCGCGACCGGCGGCAGCAGCAGCGCGGCACGGGAGGAGGUUCACUGUCUCAAUGGAAGUGCUACCAGCCUGGGCCCCAGCAGUAGGUUUCACACUCCUGCCACAUGCAGGAGGAUUUUUAGGAGGCAAUAUAACCAAAAGGGAAAUCCCAACAUGGUAUCAAACUCUACAGAAGCCAUCCUGGUGUCCACCUAACUGGAUGUUUGCUCCUGUUUGGGGAACUCUCUAUACAUCUAUGGGAUACGGCUCCUACCUUGUGUGGAAGGAACUGGGGGGCUUCAAUGAAAAGUCAGUGGUUCCUCUGGGUCUGUAUGCAGGGAACCUGGCAUUAAACUGGGCAUGGACUCCAAUAUUUUUUGGAGCUCACAAAAUGGGAUGGGGGUUGGUGACUCUCCUGCUUACAACUGGUACAGCAACAGCUACCACUGCUUCCUGGUACAACAUCAACAAAGCAGCAGCUUAUUUGAUGAUUCCUUAUUUAGCCUGGCUAAGCUUGGCUUCUGCACUCAAUUAUCGGAUCUGGAAGGACAAUCGCAACAAGAAAAGAUCUGAAUAAGCAGUUUUCAGCCAGAACUAUAAUUUUUCCACGAUCAUUUUUAUAUAAAGUUAUGGCCUUAGUUUAUUAUUAGCUGAACUAGUUCAGCCCUAACUUUGGUAUUUACAAGUUGACAAAACAAAUACGACUUUACUAGGCAAGCCAGAAAGGGGUGUAUGCCUGACUGGGUUUUAUAGCAAACUAAAAGAAAGUCUUGAUUGAAAAGUG